AUGGCCAUGAAAAAGGCCAAGAAAAGAAGGGCAUACGAGUCCGAGUCCGACUCGGAGAUUGAGCAUCAUGGCAAUCGUGGCCAGAAGUUCAAGAAGCGCUCGAGAUUUGUGCACGAGGGACAGCUGGCUCCUCCGUCCGGCCCUGAAAUGUACAGAGAGAUUAUCAAUCAUGCCGGCUACCGACGUGCCAUCAUCAGCCGCAACAUGCCCCUCUACGAUGACGACGGAUACGAGAUCGACAGCGAGGAAGACGAUGAUCGCAUACAAGACCUGCUUGACGAAGCCGCCGAGUUUGAUCCAUACGCCACAGUCCGUCUGGAAAACAUCCUCGCACCUCUCACUGCCGUUACCGACCUGCCCUCCCACACGACACUAUCGCGACCAUACACCUCAAAGACCUUGACGGAGCUCACAACCCAAGGCUGCAACAUCAUGCACAAAGAGAACGCGGCCCUGUGGAAGAUCAAGCACUUGCAGACAAGGCUGAUUGGCGACCAUACUUGGGUGCCGUGUGAAGCAAUGCUUGGCGACAACGACAUUGACCUGUUUCGGCACGAGUACCCGGAGGCAACCGUGGACGCGAAGAGCUCUAUACAACUAGAAACGACCGGCACAAAGAAUGGCGUCGCGAGCGAUAGUGGCAACCACGACGGAGUCGAGAAACCCAAACAAGUGAAUGGCUCCAUUGAAGAGAAGGAUACAGAAGAUACCACAAUGGCUGAUGCCGAUGACUCUGCCCAGAACAAGGGGACAGUCAAUGGAAUUGAGAAACCUAAUGACACCGACGAAGUAAUGAAUGAUUCCGUCACAGAAUCAGAAGCCGACAAGAGACCACCACAGAAGAAACCGGAUGGUCAUUCGGAGAAUACACAAACAGUCGAGCCUCACACAAAGGCAGAUGUCACAGUCAAUGGCGCGGCGUCGACAUCCGCGCGAGGCGACGAAGUCGGCUCGUCAAUCGGCCGUCCGGCAACCCCAGACAGUCUCGGCCAGUUCGACAUCCACCCAUUCUUUCUUGCCCCGCCGUCAGCGCGGCCGGACCGAGACCUGGGCAUACCUGAGGCGGAAGCCGAGGACGUUCGCAGGCUGUUGCAGCUCUACGUACAGAAGCAAGAAGAAGUCUGUCGGGGGGCCAAACGCCUGUACCAUGGGCUUCUGCGAGCCGAGCGGAUGCGCAAGACGGUGCUCCAGUGGGCCAAGUACGAGGCGCAUGUCGGCCCCAACGGCGACAUGUCGGACGGCGAGGAUUGGUAUGACAAGGAAGAGUGGGGUCUCGAGGACGAUCUCAAGAAAGGCCAGGACGAGGAGGAAGAAGACACCACACAGCCGGCGAAGAAGAGAACGAGGACGCAUCGGUAG